AUGCCAAGUACUUUCGGAGGAAAUCCUCUCGAGGUUAAUCAGAUGGAAGGAUACCAAAUCCCAAAUCAGUCGAUGCGUCCUCAAUGGCUAACUCAACAGGAGAAUAAGCGAGAAGGAGCGUGGAACCAGGAAGAGCACAGGAACUUCCUACGAGGCUUGUAUAAGUGCGGAUGGGGAAAUUGGAAGCUCGUCGCUCAAAACUAUGUGAGAACACGAACUCAAUGGCAGAUAGUUAGCCACGCUCAAAAGUACCAACUUCGCUACUAUGAGACGGAAAAAAAGCGGCGGAGCAUCCACGACACCACGCUGGAGGACGAGCAUGGCAACCUGUUGCCGCUUCCGGUUCCUCCAUGGCCAACCGUCAAGGAUACUGCUCCAGCCGUGUUGCUGCCUCCUAAUGGCCAGCUGCCUCAGAACCUGCAGGGGGCUCUAAAUCAGCUAGAGCUAGAUGAAGUUGUUCGCAAACAUGUCGAAGUUCUACUGUCGGAUUAUUCGAUAGACGAGAUCGAGAUCAACAUAAAUGACUUUCUACCGCCAGAUGAUCUUUUACUGAAUCCAAGUUAUCUUUUCUCCUCCUUUUUCUUUGCCUUUCCUGAGCUUGGACCAUGUGAAUUUCAUACGGAUUAG